AUGACAAUAUGAGGCACUUGAUCGACAUCUGCGGCUCAGCUGCUAGGCAGACGCUCCGGUAGGUUUCGAGUCAGACUUGAUCGCUACGACGAUUUGCUGGCAUUGCGUUAAAGCCAUUUACCCGUUGGUGCUUGCAACCAAGCCACGGCCGAUAAUCCGGUAGACCACCAGGGCCGUGUUUACGACAAUAUAAAGCACCUGAUCGGCACUUGCGGCUCAGCUAUUAAGCGGAUGUUCCGGGAGGCCCUCCGGUCGAGGUGUAUAAUUAGACUACCUACGCUCGCAGAGGUAGUAUGCCAAGUUCAAAGUUCGUGUGAAAGACAAUUAACAAGGUCACCACCUGCUCAGUCUCUUAUCGUCUUCUGUAUUCUGCUCUCCAAUACAGUGACAUUCCGGAGUGUUUAACUCAAGUUGUCAACUAUUAUCUUCGCAGAGUUCUACAACAGUCUCAGGCUUCCACAGCAAUGUUUGCUACAAUCCUCGUCCCCAAUCAGCCCUCGACCGGCUUCCGUGAGAAACUGGGGCCCGCACUCGACAAUCAAGUUGCAGCAGGCAGCAUAGAUCGUCUUCCCAGCAUGUCCGAAUGCGCGGUGCAUCUCGAGCUACUUGAUGCUAUUGUACGCAUUGAAGCGGAGGUCGCUGCAUGGGGCAAGGAGAAGGGCCUUGCCGAGGGAGUAGCAUGGAAUGCGUAUUGCUCCGCUGCUGCACAGAGAUUUUUGAAGUGGUCUCACCUAGCCGAAACCCAUAAGGGGAAUACUCCGCCACUGGACGUCUUAAUCGUCUGGCACGCCUACAUGCUGAACACGGCCGCAUAUAGGCAAUACGAGACCCAGGUACUAAAGGGUCGCAUGGGUCUCAAGGGCAUCAACUGGACUGCGGUGCACCGUCGGAUUGGUGAGGACAACAAAUUUAACAUAUCUGCGGAGGAGGCGGCUGCCAUGAGCCACCUCCCAUUCCUAGUAGACCUUCUUGGUGCACUCAAGAAUGAAGAGGUCAAGAUUGACAGCACCAGCUCCUCUCCAUCUACCAAUUUCGACAUGGUCGCCGCGGUGCAGCGGCAACUCAAAUUUGCCCAUAAGAUGCACGAUGCCAAAUGGCUGCGUAGCCCGUUCGCUGUCCAGAUCCUUGAGAGCGCUAUCCGCCGCUACGAGAUGUUCUUUACUCUCAUUGCCGAACACCCAGGUAUCUCCCUGUCGCCAACACCAGAUAUCGACAUUGUCUGGCACACGCACCAGCUGUCGCCAAAGUGCUAUGGCUUGUACUCAGCCAUGAAGGCCAACGGGAAAUUCAUCAAUCACAACGACAACGUGGGCAAGCCCGUCCUUGCCGGGGCAUUCGAUUCUGCAAAGAAGCUCUUUCGCGAGCGCUUCGGCAGUAAUUACCAGGUCUGCUACUGUGAGCGCUGCAUAGUCUCGCGUGCCCCUGGUGGUCAUACCCACAAUGACGAAUCUUCAGACUGCAGUGGGGAUUCUUGUAUCCCCCAAACCUGUUCAAACAGCUGCAAAGCCGACUGCAGUGGCGAUAGCUGCCAAAACGACAUGAAUGUGGCCAUUGGCAGAGCCCUUGCUCCCAAUGGCCAUGGCCGCGGCGACGAGUCCUCUGACUGCAGUGGGGAUUCCUGUAUCCCCCAAACCUGUUCAAACAGCUGCAAAGCCGACUGCAGCGGCGACAGCUGCCAAAGCGAGAACAUUUGAGGGCGCGCACGAUACCCGCUCUGCGCUUUUCUAUCUUGUGUUUGUUUAUUUGGUGCCUUUGUUCACUGCUCAUUUGUUUUUCUCUUAACGGGGCUUUCUCUGCUAUCCGACGCAGUGGUUUUGAUGUCUACGA